GGAGGGGGUGGGGUAACGCUCACAUUUGGGGAGAUUCCAGAUAAAGGAGCUGAAUCAGUGGCGGGUGCUGAGGACACAGAGGAGACCGGUCUCUGUGCUGCUCCCACCGGCGGAACAAGGAAAGAGCAGAGGUGCCGGGAGUCGGGAGAUCUCAGACUGGGAGUUGCACCGAGACACAGCGGAUCUACUGGGACCUUCCCAAACUGUGAAUCCCGCGGAGAAACCACAGGGACUGAGCGCCUCGGGGUAUCUGGCAGAACUGGGCCCCCUACUGUCCUGCUUUGGAAUGACCAUGUUGUGGCUGGCGGUGUUACUGACCUGCGGAGCCCCUGCUGCUCUUCUCCCCUCAACCGGAGUGGGCUGCCCCGCACGCUGUGACCCUUCCUCUUGCUCCCCGGCACCUACCAACUGUCAGUCAGGGGAGACGGCGCUGCGCUGCGGGUGCUGCUCUGUGUGUGCUGCUGCCGAGUGGGAGCGCUGCGGGGAAGGUCCCGAGGAUCCGUUAUGCGCCUCCGGGCUGCGCUGUGUGAAGAAUGGCGGGGUGGCCAGGUGCCAGUGUCCCUCCAACCAGCCCGUCUGUGGGAGCGACGGCAAAACCUACAGCAGCCUGUGCCGCCUCCAGGCCGAGAGCAAAGCGCUACAAGUGCGAGGGGUCGCCGCUAUCAUUCCCAUCCAGAGGGGCGACUGUCAGCAAGGACAGAAGGACCCAGACAGCCCUCGCUACAAGUACAACUUCAUUGCUGAUGUCGUGGAGAAGAUCGCCCCAGCUGUCGUCCACAUUGAACUCUUCCGCAUACUCCCUUUCUUCAAGCGAGAGGUGCCUGCAGCCAGCGGCUCUGGAUUCAUUGUGUCGGAGGAUGGGCUCAUUCUCACUAAUGCCCACGUCGUGACUAACAAGCAUCGCUUAAAGGUUGAGCGCAGCGACAGCUCCACCUAUGACGCCCAGAUCAUUGACGUAGAUGAGAAAGCGGAUAUCGCCCUAAUCAAGAUCAAAGCAAAGGGGAAGUUACCGGUUUUGCAGUUGGGUCGCUCAGAAGACCUUCGCCCAGGAGAGUUUGUGGUGGCAAUCGGGAGUCCUUUCUCCCUUCAGAACACAGUCACGACUGGGAUAGUGAGCACCGCUCAGCGUGGGGGCAAAGAGUUGGGCCUAAGGAACUCCGACAUGGAUUAUAUUCAGACUGACGCCAUUAUCAAUUAUGGAAACUCUGGGGGCCCCCUUGUCAAUCUGGACGGUGAGGUGAUCGGUAUAAACACCCUGAAGGUUACAGCGGGGAUCUCCUUCGCUAUUCCGUCGGAUAAAAUCCGCAAGUUCCUAGCGGAGUCACACAACAGACAGUCCACAGGUCAAGGGACUAAGAAAAAGAAAUACCUGGGGAUACGGAUGAUAUCGCUGAGCCAGGGAAAACUGAAGGAGCUCAAGGAGCAAGUGAAGGAUUUCCCAGAGAACACCUCAGGAGCUUAUAUCGUAGAAGUUCUCCCAGACACCCCAGCUGAAGAAGCUGGCUUGAAGGAAGGUGAUAUAAUAAUCAGUAUAAGUGGCAAGACUGUGACCUCCAGCAGUGACGUCAGUGAAGCCAUUAAAAAAGAGGGCACUCUACAGAUGGUGAUACGUCGUGGCAACGAGGACAUCCCCAUCUCUGUGACACCCAAGGAAAUAGAAUUUUAAUGGGAGAAAUGAGCUGGUUUCAUGCUUCUUCCUAUGAAUAAAAAAACCCAAAAAAACCCAUACAAUGACAUUGCCCAUAAGAGUACACUGUUUAUAAUCCUGGGGUGAAGGAGCCUCACUUUUGCUAUCUCAUUGCUAAUUGUCCUGCUGAUGCAGCCUCAUAAACUUUUUUAGUUAACUCAGUGCCAGUUUGCAUCUUUUUCUUGGCCUCCAAAUUUACCCAAGGUAAAAUCUUAGGUGCUUUGGACUGAGAUACCUUCAGCUAAAACAGUUAAUAGGGUUAUAUCAUGCCAGAAAGCAACUGCCCCAAGCUGCUAUUCCAAGCUUUUUUCCUAGUGGUUAAAUGUCUUGCUUCAGCUCUUCAGAUUGUCAGAAAUGGUUUUUAGGAUUCCCUUUGGAUGAACUGUAAUAUAAAAAAAAGCAGUUGCUAGGCAGAACAGGAAAACAAUGCUGCAUUCUGAUUGGUGAGCUUACAUGAUUAAAAGGUUAGAGAAUAUAGAAAGCUUCUGAGCAAAUAGGUAUAGGCCGAAUCUAAUUAAAGCAGUAAAGGGAACCAGACCUGGGUUUGCUUGGAGCAGUAUGAGUAAACGUUUUUUACUGAACUGUUUUACCUCUUUGCCACAAAAUUACCCUAUGCUGUUGUGCAGUCCCGUUGAUUCCUUGUUCUUGUUUUAGUAUUAACCAAAUAAAUGCACUGAGCAUUGGACCACA